AUGAGAGUCAUUUCAAUUAAUUCUAUGUCUGCAAAAUUUUGACCUUUCCUCUUCUCCCUUUGAGUCCCAAUAGAGAUUAUACCCACAUACCGCCAUGGAAAUGGAUACUCUCUCUUCUCGCUUUAAACAAUAGUUGUUUCUCAACCAGUUGGCUACUUCAUCUUCUUCUUCUUCAUGCAUGGAGUACUAGUUGUCUGAUCAUCUCUUUUCUUUAACUCAAACCAUUAAUCAAUAUAUAUAUAUAUAUAUAUAUAUAGCUACAUAGAAUAAUUUUGAGAUGGGUUCCAUGAACUGGUUGGGUUUCUCUCUUUCCCCUCAAGAAGUAGUUCCGGCUGAUCCAACGAUAUCUGAGGGUACUGAUCAUCGUCAUCAGCAGCACGGCCAAGAUCAUCAGGACUUAUCUGACCAGACACUAGUCUCUCGCCUCCGCUCUAAGUACUCGGAUGAAAUCUCCGGUACCGAUGCCUCCGGAGACUGCUUUGAUCUCACUAAUUCUCAUGACGACUCAUCUGCUACUCCUACUGCUCCUAAUCAUCAUUCUCUCAACCACCUCCCUACAUCUUUUGGGAUGCUUCAUCAAGCUGCGUUCGACUCCCAAGCAGGUGCAGAUUGGAAUAUGAACUCACCGGAUAGCACCAACUACAAGUUCACAUCAGACCACCUCUCUAUGCUUAACUCAUGCAAUACCCUAAACCUUGAAAACCAUCAAAAUCGUCAUCAGCAGCAGCCAAAGCUCGAAAACUUCCUGGGCCGACACUCUUUCAUUGCGGAUCAUCCAGAUCAUAUCCAGAGUAGCACUAGUUCUGCGCAUGCAUACAAUAGUAAAAACACCGCCAGUAUUAAUACUACCGACAACAUCUUCACCAGAACCGUCUCUUCUUUGCAGCUUCCGUUAGAGAUUUCCGAUCCCACAAAUGUCAUCAACGGAGACGGUGCAGUCGGUAACAUUAAUAUCAACAGCAGCACCUCGAAUAUUGGGCUUUCAAUGAUCAAGACAUGGCUGAGGAAUCAACCGGCAUCCCAGCUGCAAGAGAUGAACAAGAACGAUGUCAAUGGCAUCGGUGUCUCCAACACAAGUACUAGUACUAGCAGUGCACAGACUCUUUCGCUUUCAAUGAGUACUGCAGGUGCUACUACGGCCGGAGAUCAAACCUGUUCGUCAGAUCGAGAUCGAGAUAGUAAUAAGCAGGCAAUUAUUAGGACCGCUGCCCCCGCAGCAACUAUUCAGUCUGGGAUCGAUAACCAGACUAGUAUUGCUACUGCUAUUGAGGCCGUGCCCAGAAAGUCCAUUGAUACAUUUGGACAGAGAACUUCUAUAUACCGUGGUGUAACCAGGCACAGAUGGACAGGUAGAUAUGAAGCUCAUUUGUGGGAUAAUAGUUGCCGAAGAGAGGGACAAACUCGAAAGGGACGGCAAGUUUAUCUGGGUGGUUAUGACAAGGAAGAAAAGGCCGCAAGAGCUUAUGACCUAGCAGCAUUGAAAUAUUGGGGUACUACAACCACUACCAACUUCCCGAUUAGCAACUAUGAGAAAGAGGUAGACGAAAUGAAGCACAUGACAAGACAGGAAUAUGUUGCAUCUUUGCGAAGGAAGAGUAGUGGGUUUUCUCGUGGUGCAUCCAUUUAUCGAGGAGUGACAAGGCACCACCAGCAUGGGAGAUGGCAAGCAAGGAUUGGAAGAGUAGCAGGGAACAAAGAUCUCUACCUGGGAACAUUCAGUACCCAGGAGGAAGCAGCAGAGGCAUAUGACAUCGCAGCCAUAAAAUUCCGGGGACUUAAUGCAGUAACUAACUUUGACAUGACUAGAUACGACGUGAAGUCCAUUCUGGAGAGCAGCACAUUGCCCAUUGGUGGUGCUGCGAAGCGACUGAAAGACGUUGAGCAGGCACAUCACCAGCAUCUGCACGAGAUGACUCUACUGGCCGACGGACACAACAGAUCAACGAUGGAUGAUCAACGCGAAAAGCUGAUGAUGAUGAAUACUAGUAGUAAUAGUCUCGAUCAAUAUCAUCAGCAACUGAUAAAUGGAGAUCAUCAUGGAAUGAGAAUAAAUAACGUCUAUGGUACUGGAGCAGGCUGGCCAACUCUUGCAUUUAACCAAGCCGCUACCGCUGUUGCCCAUCAGGCCGCAGUGCCGCCCUUUGGGAUGCAUUAUUACUCAUCAGUGCCAUAUAAUUCUAAUGGCGGGCAGAGGGUUUGGUGCAAGCAAGAGCAAGACACUAAUUCUCAAAGCUUUUAUCAGCCACAAGAUCAUCAUCGUCAAGAUCUUCAUCAUCAUCAACUACUUCAGUUGGGAAGUACUCACAAUUUCUUUCAGCCAGUCAACCUCAUGGGAAAUAGUACUACGGAUUCUAUGGAACAUAGCUCAGGUUCUAAUUCUGUCAUAUAUAAUGGUACUACUGCCGGAGAUCACGGUGGCUAUAUAAUCCCUAUGGGGACGGCUAUAGCUAAUGAUCAUGAGAAUAAUAGUAAUGCUUUUGGAAAUGGCAGUUCCGAUCAUGAUCAGGUGAAGCCGGCGCUAGGUUAUGAAAAUGCGUUUGGCUCAAGUAGUACUACUACCACUGUGGAUGCUUAUAAUCAUGCAAAGAGCUUGUAUUAUCUUCCGGUUCAGGCGCCACAGUCAUCAUCAGUUUCUUCAAUAGGUGUGUCGACGAAGGGAAGCAGCGAGUAUGACAAUUGGGUGCCAACAGCAGUUCCAACAUCUACUCACAAUAUGGCUCCUUUCACAGUCUGGAAUGACACAUAAAUUAAUGUGCGUACGUUUCAAAUGGGUGGACAGAUGGAGGACGUGUUACUGGUCUGGUAUUAGGAUAGGGUGGAUUAAGAAAAGGUGUAUACAUUUGGAACUAAUUUCCUAAUUUUGAUUUUUCAUUCUGCAUCUGUGCUAAUUACUGGAUGAUGAUCACCUAGCUAGCUAGUUAGGGAAGAUAGGCAUUUUUAUAAUUUGGUGUUUUGUUACUAACUUAAUUUGCAGUAGGCGUACUGUAUGCAAAUUUGCAAGGGUCUAUCUGAAGUUCAGAAAUA